GAUAAAUCUCCCCCUCAGAGCGCCACAUAGGGUGAUAACAUACAAUAUGAGAUGCACUGAGGAUAUCAGGAGAAAGCUACAGGGUGCUCACUUGUGUUGGUUGUGAAGAAGCGACAACACUUCUAUGCGCCAAUUAAUCCCACUCCGGGGAGAAAACAACCGAGAUGUUCAGCGUGGGGGGUGUAUACUAUAAAUAUACAGUAUAAAGACCUGUAGCUCCGGUGUAGAUACAGUCACCUGUCUGUGAUAGAAGAUUAGACGAUGGAUUCCGGCCCCCGUAAGCUCUAUCAUGUUCACGGCUUCGAUUCCAGACAACACCUGGAGUGUUAUGUAUCAGAUAAACCUGAUAUGGUCUUCGGAGAGGAUACCUUAAAAUUUCCCAUUGAAAUUCUUGCAAAAACUUUUUCAAUAGGUCAUAUUAAUGGAGAUGUCCUGAUUGACCUCAGCCUUGGAUCCCUGGUUCAACAUCUCUAUGCACCUAGUGAUUUUUUCCAACACAUCAUAAUACUGAAGGUCAGUGACAGAUGCAUCAUGGAGCUGAAGAGAUGGCUGGACACACGGACUGGAGCAUUCGAUUGGGGACAUGCUGCAAAACUUCAUGGAGAGAUACAAGGGAACAGCGAUGAUUUUCAGGACAAAGAAGGAAAAGUGAGAUUGGCCGCUAAACACGUUAUGAAAUGUGACCUUGAGAAAGAAAAUAUGACGGAUCCGAUAGUCUUACCGCCAGCAGAUUGUAUCAUCAGCGCUUGGCUCCUGGAUGUUGUCUGCAAAGAUCAAGAUGACUACAGGAGAUAUCUCAGGAAGUUCUCAAGGAUGCUGAAACCUCAAGGACACAUUAUAUUAAUUGGGUCUUUAAAUAUGACAUAUUAUACAGUAGGGAAAGACAAGUUCCAUGCUUUCACAUAUGAUGAGGAUUUUGCCAGGAAAGCUCUAAUUGGAGAAGGUUUUGUUAUAGAUAACUGUAAGGUUAAGAAGAGAACGGCUGUGAGUGACCUUAUUGACUACAAGGCCGUCAUAAUCAUUGCAGCUCACAAGGAGAAGUAGGUCCGAGUAGAAAAGUACAGAAGUUUGCCGGUUAAGAAUGUAUAUAUAAAGCUUUGAAACAUGAUACAAUAAUUACAACAAGGCUUUAUCUAUUAUCUUAUUUACUUAUUUAUUUAGAAUCUAUAUAGCAUCAUACUAGUUUACUGUUUAAAUAGUUGUCCAGUUCAGGCUGUGUUCACACAUUCAGGUUUUUAAUUGGAGUUAUUGAAUAUAAGGCUAAGAAUGGAUUUAAGAAAUCUUAGUCUUUACUUAGUCUUUACUUUUCUCACAAACUAUAUUUUCAAAUGUGUUAUUGACGUGAAAUUUUCCCCAGAUGUUGGUCACAACCCCAUCCAUUCAUAAAAAAUAAAAAAAAUAAAAACAAAUGAGAUGGUUUCUUCAAGACACCUGUAUGGGAAAACUAGUGGCAUGCAUUGCUCGGGUGUGAUUUAGGCCAAUUCUUCCACACAAACAGCCUUCAUAUCCUGAAGGUUCUGUUGGCCUCUUCUGUGCAGAG